AUGGCGCCCAAGGUCGACGUCCUCCAGGAGGCCAGCGGAGCGGCGGGGGCGCUGAAGAGCUCGCGCUCGUCCCACAGGGGGAGCGACUCCCGCCUGUCGGAGCGCAAGCUGAGUGAGUGGUGGAGGCGCUACGACCAGCAGGAGAAGGGGCACCUGACGUACGAG